AUGCGAGUGGCUUUAUCUGUAAUCUCAUACCAAACAACCACUUCAGCCACAUCAUUGCAGACUUGUAAAUUUUUAUAUAAACAUAAAGAAAUCAAUGGAUUCAUCACGAAAGAGAUAGCACCAGACACUUGGACAGCAAAUAAUAAUAUACAAUACUCCUAUGGAUGGUUAGGAAUAUGGUAUCCGAUCUUGGUUGUGCUGUACACUGAAUACUGUAUUGCUCAAAGCGGAAAAUGUAUUACCAACGAUUAUAACUUAUCGCAUGGAUGGCGAUAUUAUCAUCGAUAUGGGACCAAAUUCGAUCCAGAGAAUACGAAAUAUCAAUACCUUUUUGAUAAUUUACAGCAAGAUUUCCAACGACAAAUAAGCAUAAUGCAUCAAAGAAGUUGUCAAAAUCGUAACAAUUUAUUGCUUCUAAUUGAGUGGUUAUCGUCGUAUAAUCCAAUAUUAGUUGCCAGAUUAUUAUUACAAAAGAACGAUAUGAUAGUUAAAGAAAUCAAAGGAAAAUUGAAUAAACUUGAAUUCGAAAGAACAAAUGCAGCAUUGGAAAUACUAGCUCAAAACCAGGAAGGAUUACAUCCAGCAUCAAAUGAAUACCAGAACGCUUCUGGGAAGAAACAAGCCAACAAGGUGAUGAAUUUGCCGAAAACUGGAAAUUCAAACUGA